UGUAUGCAUUACUUCGGAAGGAUUAUUGCGAAAAUUAUUCAUAUUCAUUGUAAAAGAUAUUUAUAAAUGGUCUGAUGAAGAUAAACCGUACGUGGAUAAGUGCACAGCUAGCAUGUCUAUGACAGUUAUAAAGGCACUAGGCAAUACAUCUUGCUGGAUAUCUCUUAGCCGUCGUCGAUGCUUGACUCUACUCUUUAUGACUGGUGUGGUAUUUUUCAUAAUUGACAAAACAAUGUUCUCUCAAAAAAUACAUUGGUGGAAUAACAAAAAUAUUUCAUUCAUUUUGAAUAACUUGAAUUUAUCUUUUACGAGCUAUGACAAACCUCGUUCAGUUUACACACUUUACCAUGUUUUGAAAACCAGGAUUAGUGAUGUGUGCUCAUUUCCACCAAAUGAUCUCUAUGGACAUAUACCACUAAACAGAUCUGUUCUGAACAACACAAUUUUAAACAUUAUUCAUUCCUUUAUGGACGAUGGACAUUAUAGACCACCAAACUGUACAGCUGUACAAAAAGUAGCUAUCGUUAUACCAUACCGAAACAGACAGAAACAACUCAAAGUAUUUUUGAAUAACAUACUACCUAAAAUAAAGCGACAACAACUAGAGUUUGUAAUAUAUGUAGUCGAGCAGAAAUCCGGUAUGCCAUUCAACAGAGGUAUGAUGUCAAAUGUCGGAUUCAAAGAGGCCAUGUCUGACAUGGAAUUCGACUGUAUAGUAAUUCACGACGUUGAUGUGUUACCCGAGGAUGACAGAAACUUCUACAUAUGUUCUGACAACCCAAUUCAUAUGUCAGUUAAGGUUGAGCAAUUUGGAUAUCGUCUACCAUAUGAAAAGAUAGCAGGUGGAAUAAUUACAUUUUCAAGGCAACAGUUCGAGGAAAUAAACGGAUUUUCUAAUCAGUUCUUCGGAUGGGGAGGAGAGGAUGAUGAUUUAUAUAGAAGGAUAAAAUUCAACGAAUAUGAAUUGAUUCGGCCGUUUGAAGAUUUUGGUAUGUGUGGUAGUGUUAGCCACAAGCCUGCUGAAAGGAGUAUCGAUAGGACGAAGUUUUUAAAAUAUUCGUAUGACGUGUGGAAAAAUGAUGGGUUGAAUAAUCUAGAGUACCGCUUGUUACGAAAAGAAAAGAAACAGUUGUAUAUAUGGAUAUAUGUCAGCAUAUAAAUGAAUGUCCAGAAUCUGUUGAUGGAAAUAUCGUGGCAGUAACAAAGAAAGCAAGGUUUAAAAAAUGAUGGGUACAUCGAAAAAGAAAACAAUAUGAACUUAUUGAAAGAAAAGAUAAAAAUGAUAAAUAGUCAAUUAAGCCACGUGAUAGCUGGACACUCAAACUAUUAUCAUAAGAAAAUCCAUUAUUUAUGUAAUGACAUCAAAAACUGAGGUCAAGAACUCGGCAUGUUACAGAACUAUUGUGCAAACUCUCUUAGGAGUCCGUAGUCGGUCCGAUGAAAUAUUAAAUUUAUGCAACAUACCCUGAAUGUUCUUUGUCGAAACUAAUUAUAGUUUUAUAACUUGCACAUAUUUAUACGUUUUCAAUACUGUUUAUAACAUAUCUACAAUAAAUCUGUCGAAUGUCUAUUAAUUGAUAUUUACAAAUAUAAGUGUGGGAGAUACUAAUUCAUUUAAUCCACUAGUUUACUUUUAAAAUUUUAAAAUUGUUUGUAUGUACAUUGCACGACAAAUAUAUGUGACGUAUAAAAUUCUCUGACGUCAGACACGCAAAUCAAUGAAUGUGUUUGUAGAUAGAUGUUUUUGUGUUUUGUUAAAUUGUUCCUUUUAAAAUUGUUACACGAUGACGACUGCUAUACCCAUAUUUUGACUAUUCUAUUUAUUGUGUCUGUUAAGUUAACGAAUCAUUGUAAAUAUAACGGAAUUUGAUGAGACUGUCAAUGUGAGAGGGUUAGCGCUAUAAACCAGGUUUAAUCCACCAUUUUUUACAUUUGAAAAUGCAUGAACCAAGUCAAGAAUAUGACAAUUAUUGUCCAUUCGUUUUUGAUGUGUUUUGUUAUUUGAUUUAUCAUGUGAUGAAGGACUUUCCGAAUUGAUUUUCCUGUAAGUUCAGUAUUUUUGUGAUUUUACUUUUGUUUCAAUAUAUUGUCUUUAAACUAGCUUUCAGAAACUUCAAGUAUUCUUAUAUCGACGCUUUGUGUCUUUUGUUCUUAUCUUAGACGUUUUCUGUGCUACAUACUUAUUCAUCAUUACUCACUCAGUAAUACAAAACUUGGUGACUAUGUUGAACGAAUCU